CGCUUUCCAGCCCCUAAAAAUCUCUUUUACAGCUCACCUAGCCCUUUCGUGGCUUCCUCUGCGCACCCUCAGCUAUGGCCAGCGAGAGCUCCCCUCUGCUGGCCUACAGGCUUCUGGGGGAAGAGGGGGCUGCCUUCCCUCCCAAUGGAGCUGGAGGAUCUGGUGUGGCAUCAGCGCGAAAGCUCUCCACCUUCCUGGGCGUGGUGGUGCCCACUGUCCUGUCCAUGUUUAGUAUAGUUGUGUUCCUGAGGAUUGGCUUCGUGGUGGGCCAUGCUGGGCUGCUGCAGGCGUUAGCCAUGCUCCUGGUUGCCUACAUCAUUCUGGCACUCACCGUCCUCUCAGUAUGUGCCAUUGCUACCAAUGGAGCUGUGAGAGGGGGCGGAGCCUACUUCAUGAUCAGCAGAACCCUGGGACCGGAAGUUGGUGGCAGCAUUGGUCUCAUGUUCUACCUGGCUAACGUCUGUGGCUGUGCGGUUUCCCUGCUGGGGCUAGUGGAGUCCGUGCUGGAUGUCUUCGGGGCUGAUGUCACAGGCUCCAGUGGGAUCCGGGUUCUACCCCAGGGCUAUGGCUGGAAUCUGCUCUAUGGCUCCCUGCUGCUUAGCCUUGUGGGUGUCGUGUGCACACUGGGAGCUGGACUCUACGCCAGUGCCUCCUUUCUUACAUUCCUGCUGGUUUCUGGCUCCCUGGCCUCCGUGCUGAUCAGCUUUGUGGCAGUGGGACCCAGGGACAUCCGGUUAGCUCCCCGACCGGGAUCCAAUGCUUCCUCUGUGCCACCCCGGUAUGGCCACUUCACUGGUUUCAACAGCAGCACUCUAAAGGACAACUUGGGUGCUGGCUAUGCUGAGGACUACACCACGGGGGCCAUGAUGACUUUUGCCAGCGUCUUUGCUGUCCUCUUCAACGGCUGUACGGGCAUCAUGGCUGGGGCCAACAUGUCAGGGGAGCUAAAGGACCCCAGCCGGGCAAUUCCAUUGGGGACAAUCAUUGCCGUUGCAUACACCUUCUUCAUCUACAUCCUGCUCUUCUUCCUCUCCAGCUUCACUUGUGACAGGACCCUGCUUCAGGAAGACUAUGGCUUCUUCCGUGGCAUCAGCUUGUGGCCCCCACUCGUGUUGAUCGGCAUCUACGCCACGGCACUCUCAGCCUCCAUGAGUUCCCUCAUCGGUGCCUCCCGGAUCCUGCAUGCCCUGGCCCAGGAUGACCUCUUCGGCAUCAUCUUGGCACCGGCCAAGGUCGUUUCUGGUGGUGGCAACCCCUGGGGUGCCGUCCUGUAUUCCUGGGGUCUUGUGCAGCUGGUGCUGCUGGCUGGGAAGCUGAACACAUUGGCUGCUGUGUUCACAGUCUUCUACUUGGUGGCCUAUGCCGCAGUGGACCUGUCUUGCCUGAGUCUAGAGUGGGCUUCAGCUCCCAACUUCCGCCCCACCUUCAGCCUGUUCUCCUGGCACAGCUGCCUGCUUGGGGUGGCCUCCUGCCUGCUAAUGAUGUUCCUCAUCAGCCCUGGGGCUGCCGGAGGGUCCCUUCUUCUCAUGGGCCUGCUUUCUGCUCUUCUCACCGCACGAGGAGGACCCAGCAGCUGGGGCUAUGUCAGCCAAGCCUUGCUUUUCCACCAGGUGCGGAAGUACUUGCUCCGUCUGGAUGUCCGCAAGGAGCACGUGAAGUUCUGGAGGCCCCAGCUGUUGCUCCUGGUGGGAAACCCUCGGGGUGCCCUGCCUCUGCUACGGCUGGCCAACCAGCUAAAGAAGGGGGGACUCUAUGUGUUGGGCCAUGUCACUCUGGGAGACCUUGACUCACUACCAUCAGACCCUGUACAGCCUCAAUAUGGCGCAUGGCUGAGUCUGGUGGACCUUGCCCAAGUGAAGGCCUUUGUGGACCUCACCCUGUCACCCUCUGUGCGCCAGGGGGCUCAGCAUCUACUUCGGAUCUCUGGCCUUGGCCUGCAGAGGGCACCAGAGAGGGCGGGUCGCCUGCCCUGAGCACGCUGUUCCCUCCACCUCGGGCUCCUGGGAGCCCCAGGGCUCUCAGUCCCCAGGACUACGUGGCCACAGUGGCAGAUGCUCUCAAGAUGAACAAGAAUGUGGUUCUCUACUGCCCUCACCUUCCUGUACCUGCCUCCACCACCUGCCAAUCCUGCCCGCUACCCCAGAUACCUGGCGCUGCUGGAAACCCUGAGCCGGGACCUGGGCCCCACCCUUCUUGUUCAUGGAGUCACUCCAGUCACCUGCACUGAUCUCUGAAGCCUGUUGAGACAGGGUUGCAUAGAGGGCCCAGGCCCAUUCUGAACAAUGGAUCCCCCAGUGGACUCUGCCCUUCGGAUGAUGUUUUAAGGGGACCAUGGUCUCCUUUGGAUGGGGGGGACGUAGACACUAAUUUUGGGUGGCUGUUCCCAUAGUCCUGGGAGGAAAUUGUGGCCCUGCCCUUGGCCUGCCUCCACUUCCUUCCCCCAUCCUGGCCACAGACGCACCGCCUCCCUCUCCCACUUCCUUGGGUGGUGAUGUUUGUGUUUUGUUUUAUUUUUCUAACUACUGACCAUUAAUAAAAGACCAAAACACUA